AUGUCGGAAUACCCUGGCGAGAAAGGGGAAGAGGAGGUUAAUCCGCUGGGGUUAUACGAGGGCGAGAGAAACGACAAGAGCGAGAGACAUGGACGUGGUAAGGCGUUGCUCCCGAAUGGCGACAUGUACGUGGGCCAGUACUGCAAGGGGCUGAGGCACGGUCGUGGACUGUACGUGUUUAAAAUUGGCGCCAGAUACGAGGGUGAAUGGAGACGCGGCGUAAAAUACGGCCAGGGAACUUUUUGGUACCCUGACGGAACGCGUUACGAGGGUGAGUGGAAGCGAGACAAGAAAUACGGUUUCGGUGUAUAUUAUUACGUGAACGGCGACGUUUACGAAGGCUCCUGGAGAAAGGAUCUUCGUCACGGUAUGGGAUCGUAUCUAUACGCAGACACCGCCACGAAAUUUAUGGGCACGUGGGUCAUGGAUCGUAUGCAAGGGCCUGGUCAGCUGAUCUACCCCCGUCACAGGUUCCAUGGAUUCUGGGAGUUAAAUUUGCCUUACGGUCGAGGAUGCUUCACCUUUGAGAAUGCAUGCAUGCAACACGGUCAUUAUGUAAACGUUAAAGAUCCCGAAUACGAUGAAACGCAAGAGGAUAUUACUGAGGUGAGAAAAACAGAGGAAGGAACAAAGGAUCCCUCUGCAGUGGAACCUCUUCCUUUGAAGAAAGGAAUUAUUGCAUUAUGGCGAGCACGUUGCAUUACCCCAUAUAAUCCCGAUCUGUUGCCACCUGAACCAGUACCUCUACAAGAAGAGGCAUCCCUAGACUCUCUGGUAGACAAGUGCUCGGAGGAACUGAUUGAACAGGAACAGUAUUUGCAAUACCCCGGGGAAUACCGUGGAGAGUACGAGAAGGAAUAUCACGACGAUUACAAACCGCUCAUCGAAAUGAUACAGGAAACGUGA